UAAAUAAAAUACAAAAUUGGCAUUUCAUUCUAAAAACUUGGACCUAACAAAUUCUUAUCAAACAACCAAAAGCUUGUUUAAAAAUCUUAUGGAAUGUUGACUUCCAUAAAUAUCUACAGGCAAAAGUAGUAUUAAAUUAGUUUCUGUUUAAGCAACAGCGGAAGAAGUUAAAAUCAUGAAAAAUAAAUUUUUAGUGAUAGUUCUGAGUUUAACCAUUGUGGCAGUUCACUCUAUGCCAAAAAGAUGUACUGAAUCUGAAGAUUGUUACGAUGAGCAACUCCAUCCGGAUCUACCAAGCAAUGGUGAUUCCCCUGUUCUAGACAAUGAGGAGGAUCUUAAUUCAUACUGGCUAGAAAAAAGUAAAUCAUUUGUUCAAGACCAAUUGGCACGCGAACUGAACUCAAAAAAGGCCAAAAAUGCUAUCUUCUUCUUGGGCGAUGGCAUGGGACUGACAACACUAGCUGCUGCACGAGUUUAUAUGGGAGGUGUGGAAAAACAGCUGUCUUUUGAAAAAUUCCCCUACACUGGAUUGUCAAAAACCUAUUGCGUUGAUAGAAUGGUUCCUGAUUCCGCUACGACUUCAACAUCAUAUCUGUGUGGUGUUAAGACCAAUACCGGUACAAUAGGAGUAAAUGCUCAAAUGAAGCGCUCUGAUUGUGAGGAUACAAAAAACUCAACAAAAUAUGUUUAUUCGAUCGGUAAAUGGGCCAUGGAUGCUGGGAAGGCAGCUGGAUUCGUAACAACUACCACAGUUAACCAUGCUUCUCCAUCUGGUUUAUAUGCUCAUACUGCCGAAAGGAGUUGGGAAAGCGAAAUGAUGGUAGAAAUGAGUUGCGGGAAAAAUUCCGGAGUCGAGUCUAUAGCUGAACAAUUGAUUCAUGGUGAUGUUGGCAGCCGUUUAAAGGUUAUGAUGGGUGGUGGUAAAAUGAAUUUUAAACGAGACGGAAAAACCAAUCUUAUUGAUGAUUACAAAGGAAUGUCUGAGAAGAACGGAUUUGUUGAGACACGCAGUGAACUUAUGUCACUUGAUCUAAAUUCCGUUGACCGACUUUUGGGGGUCUUUAGUGAUGUUCACAUGGAUUAUAAUUUAGACAAAAUCGAUAAAAAUCUGGAUCAGCCUUCGCUUGAAGAAAUGACAAGAAGAGCAAUUGAAUUGAUGCAAAAGGAGAAAAAUGGUUAUUUCUUGUUCAUCGAAGGUGGACGAAUUGAUACCGCACAUCACAAUAAUGAGGCGAAAUUGUCAUUGGACGAGACUGAGCAAUUUUCAAAGGCUAUCCAGGCUGCACGUGAAAUUACAAGUGAAGACGAUACUUUGAUUAUUGUAUCGGCAGAUCAUUCACAUACGUUUUCUUAUUCGGGAUAUAUGGACCGUAAUCAAAAAAUCACUGACGAAGCAGGUAUUGCAGCUGAUGGUCUCCCAUAUAUGGCACUGAACUACGUUACGGGACCAGGAUUCAAGUCACAUUAUGACUCGAACAAAAGACAACGAAUUGAUCCUACAUCAACAAAUGGAAAAGAAAUUCAUGCCAAUUGGCCUACAGCUGUUCCACAAACAGGUGCCGCUCAUGGCGGUGAAGAUGUUGCAGUUUAUGCUUCCGGUCCAUGGGCACAUUUGUUUACUGGCGUUUUUGAACAGAAUACUAUUCCUCACAUGUUAGCAUAUGCUUUGUGUAUAGGGGAUGGUUUAAAAUCUUGUGAUAAAUAAAAAAAAAUUCA